AUGGGUGAAUUCGGCAUUGAAGAGCUUUCUGAUCUUAACGUCCUUGCUGCCGAGCAUGGGCUGGAAUUGACCCCAGACGGGUGUCACUUGCGCUGGGCUCGAACAAAUCCCAAACAUCCGCGGAACUGGCACCCAGUGCGCAAGUCCUACGAUAUCGUUGUGAUCUCGCUUUUGGAAUUCUUCACGACAUGUCUCAGUACCUCAGGAGUUGAGUUCGGGACGUCCAAGACAUUGACAUUGUUUCUAUAUGUCUCAACUUAUCUCUUAGGACAAGGUCUCGGGGGGAUUGUGUUUCCCCCUUACUCGGAAUCCUUCGGUCGAAAGAAGCUCUAUAUUUUUAGCGCGUCCUUAUACAGCGUGUUCUGCCUCAUUAUCGCGGCGGUCCCAUCAAUUCCGUCCCUCGUCGUCGGCCGUUUCAUUACCGGCUUCCUGUCCGCCAUCCCUACCGUUGUGAUCACCGGGAGUAUCGAAGACAUGUUCAACACGCAUGAUAGGAUCUUCGUCAUGUUAGUCUACGUGUCCAUGGCUUGUAUGGGUGUUAGCGCCGGACCCAUUAUAAGCUCGUAUAUCUCUGUUCGCUUUGGAUGGAGAUGGGUGUUUUAUGUCGGCGCUAUUGUCUCCGCCUUUCUCGCAGCGCUGCUUUUAUGCAUCAAAGAAUCUCGACCAUCCCUCAUCCUUAUGCGGGAAGUUCAAACUCUGCGUAAGCUGACCGGGAACGAUACAUUCAAGGCACAAAACCCAGAUUACAUGCCGGACCUGCGCACCUUCCUUCACCUCGGCCUCUUGCGGCCUCUCCGUCUCUUCCUAACCGAGCCUAUCGUCUUCAUUGUGACAAUGAUCUUCGGAGUAUGCGUAGCCUUAGUCUACCUCUUCACGGAAGCCCUUCCUCCGGUUUACGAGCAAUUCGGCUUCAGCACCGAAGAAGCCUCCCUGCCGUUCCUCGCCCUCGGUCUCGGGGUCAUCCCUAACGCUUUGACUCGCAUCGUGGACUACCGCAUAAUCCGACGACGCCAGAAGAAAUGCGGUGUCCUCAAGCCAGAACACAAGCUGACGGGGAUCUACAUCGGAGCACCUGUACUUGCGAUCGCGCUGUGGUGGUUCGCCUGGACAAUUCCUCCCCAGGUGACCAACGUCAACUGGUUUGUUUCCGUGGUGGCGCUUUUCUUCAUCGGAUAUGCAUUGAAUGAGCUAGAGAUUGUGGUGACGGCAUAUAUGGCAGACAGCUAUCUGAGCUACGCUGCGAGCGGGUUUGCUGCCCUCUCCAUCAUCCGAUCCCUGCUGUCGGCUGCAUUUCCACUGUUCGGGAGUAAGAUGUUCGACGCACUGGGUGCCAACGUGGCUGUUUCUAUUCUAGCCGUGCUAGCAACGAUAUUCUGUAUCGUGCCGCCACUCCUCAGUCGUUACGGAGAGCAGAUGCGAAUGAGGAGUGCGUUUGCUAAGUAUAGUCUGCAAGUGUAUGCGGAAAACGGGGUAGAUCAGGACUUUCAGUAA